CAGAUUCUGAUUCUGCUCCCUGGCAUUGCUCACCUAAUACCGAGCAUGUAAUGAAAUUCAGUCCACUUGCUUGAGUAAUGAUGCUGUUUCCAUGAGCCCAUGUGAUGCUUGGAUAGUGCAGCUGCUGCUUCUCUCUCAUUCUCCUGUUCUUCCAAUCUCAGGCUGUCAUGGCGACUCCCAACAAUGCUACUCCCACCAACUGCAGCUGGUGGCCCAUUUCAGUUCUUGAGAAUGAUGCAGGGAAAUCUGCGGAGGUUGAGGACAGCCAGGACCCAACAAACCCCGCUCUCAGAUCCAAGGAUAGGCUGGUUUUGUAUCACUGGACCCAGUCUUUCAGCUCACAAAAGGUCCGCCUGGUCAUCGCGGAGAAGGGGCUGCCGUGCGAGGAGCGGGAUGUCAGCAUGCCCCUGACUGAGCACAAGGAGCCCUGGUUCAUGCGUCUCAACCUCGGAGAGGAGGUGCCCGUGAUUAUCCAUGGAGACAACAUCAUCAGUGACUACAACCAGAUCAUCGACUACAUGGAGAAGAACUUCACAGGAGAAAAUGUUACCAAGCUGAUCCCCGAUGCCGGGAGCAUUCUUCACACAAGAGUGGUGCAGUACAGAGAGCUCCUGGACUCACUGCCCAUGGACGCCUACACUCACGGCUGUAUCCUCCAUCCCGAGCUCACCACUGACUCCAUGAUUCCAAAGUACGCUACAGCUGAAAUCCGCAGACACUUAGCUAAUGCAAGCACGGAGCUGAUGAAGCUGGACUACGAAGGGGAGCCCCAGCUGACUGAGCCAUACCUUUCCAAACAGAAGAAACUCAUGGCCAAGAUCUUGGAACAUGACAAUGUGAGCUACUUGAAGAAAAUCCUUGGAGAGCUGGGAAUGGUGCUAGACCAGAUUGAGGCCGAGCUGGAGAAGAGGAAACUCGAGUAUCAAGGGCAGAAGUGUGAACUCUGGCUCUGCGGCUGCAUCUUUACCUUGGCCGACAUCCUACUGGGGGCCACCCUGCACCGCCUCAAAUUUCUAGGACUGUCUAAGAAAUACUGGGAAGAUGGCAGCAGACCCAACCUACAGUCCUUCUUUGACAGGAUACAAAAACGCUUUGCCUUCAGGAAAGUUUUGGGAGACAUACACACCACCCUUCUCUCGGCCGUGGUACCCAAUGCCUUCAGGCUUGUGAAACGGAAACCCCCCUCCUUCUUUGGAGCCUCCUUCCUUAUGGGAUCUCUGGGGGGAAUGGGAUAUUUUGCUUAUUGGUAUUUAAAGAAAAAAUACAUCUAAUGCUGGCUGUUUGGUGUUUAGUUUGGUGUCUCUGUGCUGUGUGAAAUCACGCUGACUCCUCAGUCACUGUAAUGAAAUUUGAAACAAGGUAUGAAUAGUUAUAUUGUUGAUGUAACAUUCCAUAGUUAGAAGUAGAAAAUUAUACCGCAAGGAAAUAAGACACACAAAUAAGUCAACUUAUAAAUGGCUUUUUUUAGGUUUAAGUAUUAAACAGUAGCGACUGGUGAGUGUCAUACUCAGGCACUUACUGAGCUUACACCCCUGUCAUGGAGUGAAACUACCUCCAGAGCAGGCAAAUUCUGGUGGAAGGGAGAGGACAACCCCGGAAAAAUUUUCACCCCCCCCGCCCCAUUAAACUAUGGGAUUUGGAUACUCUGUGCGGUACCUUUAUGUUUUCAAAAUGUACAUUGGCCGCAUCACACUUUUCCCAGGUGCAAGUAGAGGGGCCGUUGUUCUUCUAGAAACUGUUACACUCUUGUGAUCUGGGAUCUUUCCUGGAAGCAGAGAGGACACAGCCCGUUGGGGGGUACAGUAGCCAGUCAAGAUCAAGCCUCACAGCUCUUUGCCUUGAAUUUCCUUUCUGGAUUUGCAAAGCACCUUUCACCGACUGAGCUUCUCAGAACUUUUCUGCACUUGCCUGAAGACACUUUUGUUUUCUCUUCUGUUGAGGGCUCUUCUCAGUAACUUUCUCCCUCUGUAUUUUCUUAGAGACACUUUGCACAGAAUCACGUUUAUCACUUUCUUGUGCCUUUUGCAUGUUGGAAAGAAUAAUAGGUGUCACUGCUACUCAUGCUUAGAAAACUACAAGAUCCAGAAUAAACCAGAUGGGAGGCAUAACUGCUUUACAUUUCUAAAUGUGCUUAACAUCAGUUGACUCUUAUUUCAAAGUGGGGCAGUAUUUGGAGGGACUGUCAAGUGGUUUGUGCUGUUUCCUUGCACAGUAAGGAUUGAUCUAAAGCCCAAAUGAAGCAAUAUACCCUCCUUUUCAAUCAAAUCUUUCUAGCGAUAUCUAAGCCUGUUAGAAUUUCCUCUACCUAAUUUUCAGAUCUCCAAGUGAUCACUGGCAAAUAGCACUGCAUCUCUAGAUUUGGUAGCUAACAAUGAGCGCUGCACAAGUGCUAGGAAUCACAUUGUGCCUCGCCUCUGGUACGAAGUGGCAAAAGUAGUUUCUUUAUGCAUUUGCGAGACAUUGGAUUUCACAGCAACGUCAGUGGUCCCCCACCCUGUGAGUCAUGAAAUCAUGAAAAAUUCACCAGAAACAACAUGAGGGACCAAUGUGUACAUUUGUGGACAAAUGUGCAGGCAAAAAUGCACAAACAUCCUCCAUAUUUUCAUGAUCAGUUACACAUACAGUUGAGCAUGCACUCAGUUUGAGUGUGCAAUCAUUUGCACACAGAUGAGGCACCCAAUUCAUGCACACAUUUUUUCUAGACGUUAAACCCAUAUUUUUCAAAAUGUGUGUGCAUGCAUGCAUUGCUCCACUGGUGCAUGCAAAACCCUCAAACCAGCAUGUGUACAUGCAACUUGGGCAAUUGUACAUAAGUGUCUAUUUACAUGACCAAAUGGGUGCAAUGUUUUAUGGGUAAACAUAUUCCUACAAAUAUUGCUGGUGUAUUUGUGGAAACUUGGUGGUAAUUUGGCCUGAAGUAUCCAAUAUAGGAGACACUGAAUUUGGUACAUUUUAAGGAGGGCAGGAGAUGGAAGAGUCUCUCAAUUUCCUCCCCUUGUUUAAAAGCUUGAAAGGAAAAGGCUAACGUAGGAACACGUGGUUGCCACCCUAGAGCAGGCCAAUGGUCGAUGUAAAGCAGUGAUUCUCAACCUUUCCAGAGUACUGUACCCCUUUCAGGAGUCGGAUUUGUCUUGCGUACCCACAAGUUCCACCUCACUUAAAAACUACUUGCUUUCAAAAUCAGACAUAAAAAUACCAAAGUGUCACAGCACACUAUCACUGAAAUAUUGCUGACUUUCUCAUUUUACCAUAUAAUUAUAAACUAAAUCAAUUGGAAUACAAAUAUUGUACUUACAUUUCAUUGUAUAGAAUACAGAGUAGUAUACACAAGUCAUUUUCUGCCUGAAAUUUUAUCUUGUACUGCCUUCACUAGUGCUUUUUAUGUAGCUGAAUGCACUGCUGGAGGCACCUAGGUACUACGGUGAUGAACACAGUGAAAGAAUCUCUCUGGACUAGAAUAGGAACAUACCUGACAGCGAGCACUGACUGGUAAUGCUUACCAAAUGGGUCCUUUUCUGAGAUUUUUAUGUAGAUUAAAUAAACAAUUCAGAAAAGGCAAACAACCCCAGCAUGUUCCCAGGGUCAGUGAGUCUGGUUUCCCUGGUAGUUCACCCAGCAGUGAAAUCAGCUGGAGACUCUCGCUAAAGUAAGCACUCCAGGGAAAGACAGUGAGAGUAAAAAACGACAAUCAGAGGGACUGUUGGGGAGAUUCGGUGGAUAGCAAAGGCACUGCUGAAAAGAACCACUGGAUGAGCAUUACCAUUCCAACCAACCUAUAUUAAUGCACAUACUUCAUUAUGGGGCAGUCCUGCUAUGGUUAGAGGCAGUUAUGAUCAAAUGUAAUCGCAGAUCCACGAGUUGGCCUUUACAUGCAAGCCUCUUCUAUUCAUUCAGGUGAUGAAUGGUUUUCUCCCUAUCACUGUAACCUUAACGUGGAACCAGGCAACAGCUGCAACAGAACCCUCCUAGACAAGGGUUUCCCCACCUGAGGUGCUCUCGAUAGACAGAACUAGUGACCCACUGCAGAUGUGGCACCCCAGCCUAGGGCUACAUGGGGACUUCAGGCACAGCCCUGAACAACAAGGGGUGGCACAUAAGUUGCAACAUCACGAGUUCUGCUGGGCAACAUGCCUGAGUCUAAGUAAAUUCCCACUUUGCUUCUGGCCGUAGUAAGUGACAGCUGUGCUACCCAGCAGUAGGUGCUGUCCCCCCGCCCCCAUAUACUGGCUUAGCUACAGGCCGGUAAGCAGGGGAUGAGGGUACAUGCCAAGGAUCUGCCCAUUCCCUGCCCCGGCCCAUUUACAGGCUCCUGGGAGGGAGUAAGCAGGCAAGUAGCUCCACUUACUCCUUUGAACUAAGGCCCCCAUAAGGGUGUAAGGAGAAUUCUUCUUCCAUUAUAUAGGGGUGUAAUCUGAGCCACAAUCUAGCCCUAUGUGUUUUAACUUUCAUUUUAAAAGGGCCUCAACCUGGGUUUUGAUUUUGCUCCUCCUGCAGUUUUCCCCCAGAUAUAGUUUCAGCUUUUAAAAGUCUAACUCCCAGAUUUGUGGAUGCAAUCAAGUUUUUAGACAUCUAAGUGCCUUUAAAUUUUUAUUUGCACUCCAACCCUGAAUCUGCAAUUAUUUGGGGACAGAAAAUCAGAAGCCACUUUCAAAACUUUUGGUCAUUUAGUAUUUAUCAGAGAUCUGUGUUUUCUGUGGCAAUGAGUGAGUUGUGGAUACAUCGUGUCCUUUGGGUAAUCAAGACUCUCACUUUCAGCUAGAGAUUCCAGACAAUUUGAUCUCUACUCCCGGCUAUUGUUCCAGUUUAAAUAGCUCCCAAAACAAAGGAUUUUAAAUCUUUUUUUCUGUGGGUUUUGUUUGAAAGCUUCAAUAAUGAAAAAUGUAAGUGUACGUCAUUUUAUCAGGCAAUUGAUCUUGUCCUGUCCACACCUUACUAGUCUCCUUUAUUUUUCAAGGCAGAGCAGAAACUCCCCCCCUGCCCAGAAAUGGUGUAUUCAAGAGUAAAACUGAUCAGAUGAUGAGGGGAGCGAGAACAUGGUAUCAAGCCUUUCCUUUCUAGGUUGCCAAUAAGAGCCAAGCCCAGGUUCGCAGUGUUCAAAGAACAUCUGGUGACUGUUUCGUGACUCAUGUGAAAUUAGUGGCAGGAUCAUAGUCUGUUUCUGAACAGACAAGUGUCCACAUGACACAAUUGUUGGCAGCCUGAACAACUCAGGUACGGAGUGCAGGGCCAUGGAGCUAGAAUUAUCCUCUCAGAUUGCUCAUCUAAGGGCAAGAUUGGUCAAGGUCCAUAGAUGGGGCAGAGUGGGGGAAGCUUGCACUGGCACUGCACGUGUUGUGCCUGUUUGAGACUAGAUACGUGACUUUGCAUCCAGGACAUCGAUCAACAGGAAAAAAAUAUCAUAGCAAAUGUUAGUGGUUGUGAAAGUACUUAACAUUAGGUCAUGUUUUAAACUUAUGCCAAAAUAAACUUUACAGCAUUGGUCAACACCAUCGAGAGUUAAGCCAAACCAAUCCGAGUUACUCCAAAAUCCUGGUUUAGGACACUAUAAUAAUGGACCAAAUUUAUCAGUUAUUACUAAUGGCCUUAGGUAUUGAUAAGUCACUGAAUGAAUAAUCCAAGGAUAAGGAAACUGCUCUUUCAGAAAUUAAAUAACCCAGUUUUGCAUCUGCAGGUAUUCAUAGAAUAGUGGAGAAUAAAGUUCUGACCCAUCAAUGACAAAGCUUUCAUUGACUCAAUGGGGUGGAAUCAAGCCCCAUGGCCCCAAUUCAGCAAACUGGUGCUUUUGUUAUCCAACAAAGAACUUAAUCACAUGCUUAAAUUCAAUCACAUGCUUAACUCUCAUUGGCUUUAAUGGGGUGUAAACACAUGCAUAAGCACUUGUGUGAACAGGGUGAGACCUCACCAUGUGCUGAAGGGUUUAUCUGAAUUUGGGGCCUAAAUGACCAAGAACUAGGGAAUCCAGACCAAUCCAUUUCCAGUACUGGAUAUAACCAAUGCCAGCUUUUUAGCUGGUUGAGGCCAAAAAAUGAUGGAUUUUUUGUUCCAUCUGAAAUAAAUGCAUUAAAGCCAUGAGUGCAUUUCUCAUCCUUUGUUCUUGCGUUGGUUUUCUAGCAUGUCCAAGUGACUUUACUUUUUGCUAUUAUAUUGUCCUUUACCAUAGAGCGACAUUUACAAGAGUUUCCCAUCCUUCACUAUGAGAAAUUGCACAUUAUGAACACAGUCUGUUGGUUUUUUUAAAAUGACUCGUAUAUUGGAAAUAUUAUAAUCUUGUUUUAAGAAAAUAAAAUAGAUGGGUAAUUGGCUCA